UGUUGUUACAAAGAGUUUUCGGUGGUUUGUGUGGGGAAGAAGAGCUUCGCCGCCUUUGCGUCCACCCACUUUCACGAUCCCAAGUUUUAACACUUCAGUCAACCACAACCACCUCUGGAAUCGAGUCGUUAACCCGUUCAGUGGUCCUUGAAACUUUUGGAAAACAAAGUACUCAAGGGCGCUGCAGUUAUGCCGGCGAACAAGAAAAAGAAGAAGCCUGCUUCUAACCCUGCCCGCGGUUUCGCAACGGUCUCCGUUCCCUCCAAAGUAAAGACUGACUCGUCCGGGCCUGCUUCGACCGUUGACUCCAAGUCGGUAUCGGAGAGUGAGCGGCCAACGCCUGCCGAACCAAAGCAACCGGCUCCGGAGGCGAGCGAGGUGCCGUCCCUCCAGAACUAUACCGCGGAGGAACUGGAGCGACAUCUAGAGGACGCCGAAUUACAGUUGCUGGUCGAGAAGUAUGCGGCGAAAUGCAAGAGUGAUGCCCUUCGCCAAGCUACGAAACUAGAGACCGAGCGGAGAGUGCUUAGGCAACAGGCUGUUCCUCUAAACCUCCUGGAAUGGCUCCCGUCUGAUGUGGCUGGUUCUAUACUUCGUCUCGCUGAAGCAGAAGAGCACGGACAAAGUUCUCAGUCGGGACGCGAUGUCGGGGGUAUAAAAAAGGCUGUCUCGGAGGAAGAAGUAUGCAUGAAGCUAUGGAUUCUUAAGGAGACUCUCGUAAAGUUGGGCUUUCCUGAGGGGAGGGUUGAGGAGGCAUUGAAGCACGUUUUAUUAUACUAUUGGGGGAAUUUUUCCAUCACUAACCGGGAAGUUGUGUGCAAUUUGGAAGAAGCCCUCGACUGGCUCGCAAUGCACUGCAGCCCCGAUGAACUUCCUUCCUACACCCAGACAAGUGCUCCGCUACGCAAAGAUGCGGAUAAACCCGUUUCCUGGAUUUCCGGUAACCCUAGGUAUUGGCGUCGCAUACAGCCGAGAGAGCUAACUAGCAUCAGAUCGUGAGCCAUCACAACCUUCCACUCCUAAAGUAGCCUCAGGCGAUAGCAAGGUGAAAAAGCCAAAGCCCGUUGUCAAGGAAACAAGUAUUCCACAGUCAAGUCCCUAUGAUUCGGAUAGCUCUCUUGAUCCCGACACCCUGGUUCCGAAAUACUUGGAUCUCCAAACACAGCUGUAUAACAUCCAGCCUGAAAUUUUCGACAAGCCAAAGAAAGGCAAGAAAGCCGGCCGCGAAGCCACCGAAGCGGGGGUGAACGGUCCUCAAGUAAUCAGGCUUCAGCGCAAAAUUGCUAGCAUUGAAAACGAUGUAUUAUUUGACCGCAAAGAA